CCGGGGGCCUCGGCCGGGCACUACAGCCCCCAGCAUGCAGUGUGCUUGCAAGUGCCGGGGCGGCUUCCGUCGUGCGUCGGUACGCAAGCGCGGAGCCGCACGUCAUGAGUGCCGGCGCCUCGUCCUGAAAUUUCAAACCGAGUCCCAUGGUGCCCCGCGGGCUCGCGCGGAUUGGCUGGGCUGGGGGGCGGUGCGUGGUUCGAAGCCGGCGGCGGAGCGCGCGCCCGUGGCCGGAGUGCGGCGCGCGGCGGCGGUUGGCCCGGGCUCGAGGCGCUGCGAGGGCGACGCGGGACGGCCGGUGCUUCGCCUGUCUUCCCCCGGCGGGUCCGCGCUGAGCCCCGACAUGGCUUCCCUGAGCUUCCAGGGCGGCGGUGGCGGCGGCGCGAAGAAGGAUGAGAAGGGCAAGAACAUCCAGGUGGUGGUGCGGUGCAGGCCUUUUAAUGCCUCAGAACGUAAAGCAAGCUCCUAUGCUGUUGUAGACUGCGAUCAAGCUAGAAAAGAAGUUAGUGUCCGCACUGGAGGAGUCACAGACAAGACAUCAAGAAAGACUUACACAUUUGAUAUGGUUUUUGGAGCUCAGGCAAAGCAGAUUGAUGUAUACCGGAGUGUUGUGUGUCCCAUUUUGGAUGAAGUUAUUAUGGGCUACAACUGUACAGUGUUUGCCUAUGGCCAAACUGGUACUGGAAAGACCUUCACAAUGGAGGGGGAGCGGUCACCCAAUGAAGAAUAUACUUGGGAAGAGGAUCCACUAGCAGGUAUAAUACCCCGUACACUGCAUCAAAUAUUUGAAAAACUCACAGAGAAUGGUACUGAAUUUUCUGUGAAAGUAUCUCUUUUGGAAAUCUAUAACGAGGAGCUUUUUGAUCUUCUGAAUCCUACUCCUGAUGUUGGAGAAAGACUGCAGAUGUUUGAUGAUCCCCGAAACAAGAGAGGUGUAAUUAUUAAAGGCUUGGAAGAAAUAACUGUGCACAACAAAAAUGAAGUAUAUCAAAUCUUGGAAAGGGGUGCAGCCAAAAGAACUACUGCAGCUACUUAUAUGAAUGCAUAUUCCAGUCGUUCCCAUUCUGUGUUUUCAAUUACCAUCCAUAUGAAAGAAACUACAAUAGAUGGAGAAGAGCUUGUUAAAAUUGGGAAGCUAAACUUGGUUGAUCUUGCAGGAAGUGAAAACAUCGGUCGGUCUGGGGCAGUUGACAAAAGAGCUCGUGAAGCUGGAAAUAUCAACCAGUCUCUCCUGACUCUAGGAAGAGUUAUUACUGCCCUUGUAGAAAGAGCCCCGCACAUUCCAUACAGGGAAUCUAAACUCACAAGAAUCCUUCAGGACUCUCUUGGGGGACGAACAAAAACGUCAAUAAUUGCCACAGUUUCUCCUGCGUCUAUAAAUCUUGAGGAAACAUUAAGUACACUGGAAUAUGCCCACAGAGCAAAGAACAUAAUGAACAAGCCUGAAGUUAAUCAGAAGCUGACAAAAAGAGCUCUUAUUAAGGAAUAUACUGAAGAGAUUGAGCGUCUGAAACGAGACCUUGCUGCUGCACGAGAGAAAAAUGGCGUCUAUAUUUCCCUUGAAAAUUAUGAAGCCCUUAACGGAAAGCUGACGGUUCAGGAAGAACAAAUUGCAGAGUAUAUUGACAAAAUCAGUGCUAUGGAGGAAGAAGUAAAAAGAAUCACCGAGCUAUUCACAGUUAACAAAAAUGAACUUGAACAAUGUAAAACAGAUCUGCAAAUGAAGGAGAAAGAACUGGAAGAAACACAGAAAGAUCUGCAAGACACCAAGGCUCAUCUGGCUGAGGAAGAAUACGUGGUUUCCAUAUUGGAAAAUACGGAAGAAAAGCUUCACGGCACAGCUAGCAAGUUGCUUAGUACUGUUGAAGAAACUACAAAAGACGUAUCUGGUCUCCAUGCAAAACUGGAUCGUAAGAAGGCUGUUGAUCAACACAAUACUGUUGUCCAAAACACGUUUGCAAGACAAAUGAAUGUUUUAUUCAACAAAAUACAAGAUUCAGUUAGUGAGAACAGUUUGAAGCAGCAACACAUAUUGACAUCUUACACAAAUGUUUUAGGUGACCUCCUAUCUACUAGUUCUUCAGCAGCUAAUGUCCUUGUAUCCAUUGUAUCGGCAUCUUUUGCCUCUGUUGAAGAACGGGUAUCUACUGAAGUUUCUUGUGUGUCUGAAAAAAUACUACAACAUGAGACUCUGUCACUUGAGAGCAAAGCUGAGCUGCUGAGAUUGAUUGAGGAGCAUACAUCUGGAUUAAGAAGUGCAUUAAAUAGUUUGACACCAAUGGUAGAAUUUGUCCUGGGGCUAAACUGUCAGUUUCAGAAUAACAUGAAAAAAUAUUCUGCUAUGGCUGUCGAGAUGGAGGGCCAUAAAAAGGAAAUGAAUACCUUCUUUGGAGAUCUCUGUCUCGCUCUGAAAAAAUUACAGGAAGAAACAGCCAGUGUUUUUUCUCAGCUUCAGAAUGAUUGUGAGAAUUUAAAAGAAGAAGUGGAAAUGACGAGGAUUGCGCAUACAAAGAGCACAGCUGAAUUAAUAUCCUCACUGCAAAGCCAGCUUGACCUGUUUGCUCAGGAGACUCAGAAGAAUUUAACUGGUGUACUGGCAAAAAAUGGGAGUUUGAAGACCACCAUCACUGCUGUGCAAGAAAAUGUUCACCUGAAAACUACAGACCUAGUCAGCAGUACAACUUCUAACCACAACAAAUUUACUGCAUCUCUGAAUAAUUUCUCUCAAGAGCUCAGGGAUAUAAAUUGUGAAAAUAGGAAGAUGCUGGAGGAAUCCACUGACCACUGCCAGCAGCUUCUCAGCAAUCUCACAAACAUGUCUCAGGAUACUGAUAAAUGGUGUGAAUUUACAACUGCUCAAGUAGUCAGCUUUACUGAUCAGCAGCUAUUGUCAUUUGGCAAUGAGAAACAACACCUUCAAUGUUUACAAAAGAAAACCAAAGAGAGCUGUGAUGGAGCAGUUGCUGAAAUUGCUGACCAUAUUGGUAGACAAAAGGCUGCGGGAGAGAAGGCAGCAAAUGGCCUCCUUGAUCAGAUAAAGGUUGAUUGGGAGAUACUUCUGGAGCAGAAGCUGGCACUUGAUGAGGAAGCACACCAUGGACUGACUCAGGUUAAUGGCUUCUUGCAAGAGGAUCUUAAAGUGGAUAUUCCAACAGGUACAACUCCACAGAGAAGAGACUACUUCUAUCCAGUCACACUUGUGAGAACAGAACCUCGGGAACUGUUGCUGGAGCAAUUAAGGCAAAAGCAACCGAAGCUUGAUGCUAUGCUAAAUGGUUUCCCAAAGGAAGUGGGAGAGAAUGCAGAUCAGGACUUACUGGAAGAGGAGGAGGUGGUGCAGGAAUCCAAUGAAAGUCUUGUCAGUGACAAAUCCUUGCUGGAUACAAACAUAUGCUGCAACACAAAUGGUGGCAUUCCCUUUUUCCAGCACAAAAGGAGUCACAAAAAAGAUAAAGAGAACAAAUCUACAGCUGCAUGGGAGAAGACCAAAACAGAGGAUAUGAUGGAGCAGUUUCUUCCAAAAUCUAAGCUUCCUUUAAGAUCACUGAACUAAGAUAAAUCCAGGGCAGAUCACUGUUUUGAAAUACUUAUGUCUAAUUGUUUACUGAGCCAUAACUUUUCUUGGUUAUUCUCGGUCUCUGUAUAUAGUGAUAUAUUGAUGCAAGGUUGGAUCAGAAGUUUGGCCUGCCACAUGUCCUGCCUUUGUCCUAUUUUUAUACGCUAUAGCUUGCAAAGUAUUAUCAGGCUUCUUUUUUUAAAAAAAGAUCAGAUUAUGGUUCAACGUGUUAAAUAAAGAGUUUUAGAUUUUCAAGUAAGCUAUCCUUUUCUGCUUUUCACUAGAUAUAAAACAGAGCAGAAAUGGAUGUGGAAAAAUGCUUUGUCAGCAUUGCCAGCUACCAUUUUGUAUUUUAAUUAACUGUAAAUAAGUGUUCUGUUUCCAUACCUGCUUUAGUCUGUCUCCUGUUGCUAUGAAAUAGAUAGUUGUUGAAGUGCUGUCUUUCUGUAACUGGGAUACUUCAAAUAAAUCAAUUCAUACCUGGAA